CUGCGCGGCUGAUUGGCUGGCCGACUCGCCGCACGGAGGACCGCCGGCCUUAGGCCAAGAGCAGUCCCUCUGGUGCUUCGUCGAGGCGGUUGUCCGGCCGUGAGGCAGCAGCCGCGAUGGGCUCCCGGGCUUCCACGCUGCUUCGGGACGAGGAGAUUGAGGAGAUCAAGAAGGAGACAGGCUUUUCCCACAGUCAGAUUACUCGUCUGUACAGUCGGUUUACCAGCCUAGACAAAGGAGAGAAUGGCACUCUUAGCCGUGAAGAUUUCCAACGCAUUCCAGAACUUGCCAUCAACCCACUGGGGGACCGGAUUAUCAAUGCCUUUUUUCCAGAAGGAGAAGACCAGGUGAAUUUUCGUGGAUUCAUGAGGACUUUGGCACACUUCCGACCCAUUGAGGAUAAUGAGAAAAGCAAAGACCAGAAUGGGCCAGAACCACUUAAUAGUCGGAGCAACAAAUUGUACUUUGCUUUUCGGCUAUAUGAUCUAGAUAAAGAUGACAAGAUUUCUCGAGAGGAACUGCUUCAGGUUUUGCGGAUGAUGGUUGGCGUAAACAUCUCGGAUGAACAGUUGGGCAGCAUUGCUGACAGAACAAUCCAGGAGGCUGAUCAAGAUGGUGACAGUGCAAUCUCCUUUGCAGAGUUUGUUAAGGUUUUGGAGAAGGUGGAUGUAGAGCAAAAAAUGAGCAUUCGAUUUCUUCACUGAUGGAUCAAGGCCCAUUCCUUGUUGUCCUGAUAUUUAAGGAAUAUAGUUUGUUUUACCCUCUCCUGAGCAUUCCUGCUGGUGCGUGUGAGGUACAUCUCCAAACCCCCCUCAGUUUGUUCCAUCGAUGUGAACAUUCCUUCUGCAUCAGAACAAAGGAACGUGGCUGCAGUGCAGCUUGGAAUGGAACCUUGAAAUGGCCUUUUCCUCACACUUCUCUUUGCUUUGCUUUCUGGUUAUAAAUUAUUUCUUCCCAUGUUACUAUAAUCUUCUACCAUUUUAUGAACUAUGACAACAAAAAUCUGA